AUGGAUGGUGACAUGCAAGGCAUAGAGCGCAUCCGCACCGCCCUGGGCGCGCACAUGUGGCCGGGGCUGACACUCAAGGCGCAGGGUGGGGCGCGGGGAGGUCCCAUGCAGGGGCUGUCGCACCUCAUGGGACUGGCGGGCAGCCAUGCAUCGCACAUGCCUGAAGGCCAACCCGACUCACCGCAUUCGUCCUCGGCAUCAGACAAGAGCAAUGAAACUGACAGUGACAGCGAUGACCCCGCCUCCUUGGACCCAACGCACUUCCCCUACCACCGCCUUGACGACGCCCCUGACCCCGCGCUGCCCCUCUCGCCCCCUGCACACGCCUCCCCCGCCUCCGCUUCCUGCGCUGCUUCUGCUGGCGAUGGUGACACCCACAAGUGUGACACCCACGGCAGUGACCACACUGACAGUGACACCCGCGAGGGGACGCACGUGCACCCAUUCGACCACCAGGGUGAUGAUGCUGACGAGGCGAGUGCGGACAUGGACGGCAUGGAGCGCCUGUUUCUGCAGGUGGCGUCGGUGCGCAGCAGCCUGCAGAACGCCCCCGAUGCCAUGCGAAGAGACACGGCCGCCCGGCUGGCCAUGCAGAUCGCACAGAUGCUGGGAGGCGAUGAUGAUGAUGAUGAUGAUGAUGAUGAUGAUGAUGAUGAUGAUGAUGAUGAUGAUGAUGAUGAUGAUGAUGAUGAUGAUGAUGAUGAUGAUGAUGAUGAUGAUGAUGAUGAUGAUGAUGAUGAUGAUGAUGAUGAUGAUGAUGAUGAUGAUGAUGAUGAUGAUGAUGAUGAUGAUGAUGAUGAUGAUGAUGAUGAUGAUGAUGAUGAUGAUGAUGAUGAUGAUGAUGAUGAUGAUGAUGAUGAUGAUGAUGGUGUUGAGAAAUAUAACAUAUAA